AUGGCUCAAGUUCGAGAGAAAUUUGAAAUUAUUCAGAAGUUCAAAUCUUCCAGCAGCAAGUGGAAGAAGACCUCCUUUACAUACCCGGCCGUGGUUUUGAAUCGAACUGCCCGGGUUUUUGAAAGUUGCCUGAAAAACCUGCCACCAAUCUGCGUGUUUGUUCUGUUCAAUUCAGUUGCCCGAAGAGAGAACGAGCGCCCCAUGGUGCUGUUAUUCAAAGAUCAAGAAUGCUUGGCCGACGUCGAUGCGGGGGGCCUUGCGGAUGGCGAUGCCCUCCGCCACACGAUCAACGUCCGACUUGGCCCCCAAAUCUAUUACGGAAGCUUUGUACAUACACCGCUGGGGCGUCUGAUCUCUGAAGUGACUUGA